CAUAUCAUGUUUACGCGAUGGGGAGAAUGGAGAGCAUUUGGGGUGAUGAUUGGGCUGAGUUUAAGCCUGAGAGAUGGUUAGAGAAGGAUGAAACUGGAAAGUGGAGGUUUGUGGGAAGAGAUUCUUUCACUUAUCCUGUGUUUCAGGCAGGUCCUAGGAUGUGUUUGGGGAAGGAAAUGGCUUUCAUGCAGAUGCAGAGGUUGGUGGCUGGGAUUAUGAGGCGCUUCAGGGUUGUUCCCGCGUUGGCGCCGGGUGUCGACCCUCACUUCAUUUCCUUCUUAAGUUCCCAGAUGGAAGGUGGUUUCCCCGUCAAGAUCCUCCACAGGGAAACUUCACAUUCAAACUAAAUCUAUCUUGUUUAAUUAGUCCAUGUCAUUUACUUUUCUUUCUUCAAGUUGGAUGUUAGACUAGAGCGUUGAUCUUGUUUGUAUGUUUUUUAUUAAUUAUUUGAAGCUUAUAAUAAAUUACGAUUAAUGUUAGUUAAAUUUAUAUUUCUUAAAGAAGAUGGUGAAGAAUAGAGGUAAGCAAGGACAUGGAUAUGGAUACCGAAUUGUGUACUAAUACCUUUUAGUGGAAUAUAAUAAUAUGGCCUAUUGGAGUGGGAACAUAAUUAUGAUU